AGCAUGUCCAGGGCUCAGGCGGAAGGGAGACUGCUGCAGACGUUGUUCACUGGCUAUAAUAAACUGGCUCGCCCUGUGGCCAACAUGUCAGAGGCCGUGCGUGUUAGCUUUGGCCUGUCAAUUGCUCAGCUCAUUGAUGUGGAUGAGAAAAAUCAAAUGAUGACCACUAAUGUCUGGCUGAAACAAGAAUGGUAUGAUUACAAGCUGCGAUGGGACCCUGCUGAUUACGACAAUGUUACUUCCAUGCGAAUUCCAUCUCAGUUCAUAUGGAGGCCAGAUAUUGUUCUCUACAAUAACGCAGAUGGAGAUUUCACUGUGACUCACUUGACCAAGGCCCAUUUGUUUCAUGAUGGCAGGAUCAAGUGGGUGCCGCCUGCCAUCUACAAAAGUUCAUGCAGCAUCGAUGUUACCUUCUUCCCCUUUGACCGGCAGAACUGUACCAUGAAGUUCGGCUCCUGGACCUAUGACCGUGGCAAGAUCGACCUGGUCAGCAUGUCCGACUAUGUAGACCAGAAGGACUACUGGGAAAGCGGGGAGUGGGUGAUUGUGAACGCCGUGGCCACUUACAACAUCAAGAAGUACAAGUGCUGUUCGGAGAUCUACUCAGACAUCACGUAUUCCUUCCUGAUUAAAAGGCUGCCACUGUUCUACACCAUCAAUCUCAUCAUGCCGUGUCUCCUUAUCUCCUGCUUGACCGUGCUGGUCUUCUACCUCCCGUCGGCCAGCGGCGAGAAGGUCCAGCUGUGCAUCUCCGUGCUCCUCUCCCUCACCGUCUUCCUCCUGCUCAUCACCGAGAUCAUCCCAUCCACCUCGCUGGUCAUCCCGCUCAUUGGCGAGUACCUGCUCUUCAUCAUGAUCUUCGUCACGCUCUCCAUCAUCAUCACCGUGUUUGUGUUGAACGUGCACCACCGCGCCCCGCACACUCACUCCAUGCCGCCGUGGGUACGUCGGCUCUUCCUGGACGUGGUGCCCCACUUCCUGUUCAUACGGCGGCCGAGUCAGAAGCCGACAGGCGCCCCCCCGCCACGAAAAAGGAUGAGCAGUACGCCCUUGUUUGCGGGGCAAGAAACGGAGCUGGAUCUGGCUUCUUCGCGCUCCCCCAGAGCCAGCCUCGUGCCCAGAGGCAGCUCGUCGUCUCUGGGACUGGUGGCCAUCGAGAGUGUGCAAUACAUUGCUGACCACCUCAGAGCAGAACAUGCCGAUUUCUCAGUGAAAGGAGAGUGGAUGUAUGUGGCGAUGGUCAUUGAUCGGAUCUUCCUGUGGAUGUUCAUAUUGGUGUGCAUUAUGGGUACAGCAGGGCUCUUUCUCCCUCCCUGGUGGUCUGGAAUGAUAUAG